AUUGGAUUCAAAAAUGAUUGCAGCACAGUCUACGAGUAAUUCAAAUUACCAAGACAAGUUGAAGUUGUUAAAUGCUUGUCGUCAAGGUGAUUUAGACUAUUUAGGCAAAUUUAUUGUCGAUGGGGGAAAUCUCCGAAACAUAAUUGAUAAUCAAACGGGACAAACUGCAUUACAUUAUUGUGUUAAAUGUGGAGAAGAGGAAACUGUUAUUGAAAAAGAUAACAAAGAGCCAAAUAAAAAUGACAUCGAAAUCUUUCAACCAAAAUUCGACAGAUUAAAAUGUACACGUGUCAUAAUUAAAUCAAAUCCAGAAUUUUUAACUUACUACGAUUAUAAUGGAUUCACUCCGAUACAUUUAGCAGUAAUUCAUGGGGAUGUAGAUUUUUUAAAAGUAUUAAAUGAAUUUAAUAAUGUAGAUAUGAAAAUUAAAACAAAAGCAAAAUCCCUAAUGUCAUCAUCAUCAUCAACAAGUCAUAGUGAUUCGACUGAAAUGAAUAAUACAGGUCGGACAGUUGUACAUCUAUGUGUUAUUUACUCUCAAUUAGAUGUUUUGAAUUAUCUUUUAUCAAACAGUAAUAGUCAUAAUUCAAUAAAAGAAAUUAUAAAUGAAUGCGAUGAUCAAGGUGCCACAGCUUUGCAUUAUUCUGUUCAAAUGAAUCAUGAACAAAUCGAUGAAUUGUUUGAAUUGUUAAUCAAUAUUGGCGGCUCCAAUUUAAAUGCACCAGACACACAUGGUCGUACACCGAUUAUAUGGGCAGCUACAGUUGGUUCUACGCAUGCUGUAGAAUUAUUACUUAAAUUGGGUGCUAAUUUAAAUCAUAAAGAUUCUCAUGGUUUGACAGCAUUACAUUGCGCUGCAUCUAGAGGUAAUUUACAGACUGUUCAAACUAUCCUGGAUUGGAUAUCAGUUGCGAACAAAGAUGAUGAGAGUAAAAUCGCCCUGUUUCGUGAUGUGAAUGAUAAUGAUGGAUGCAGUCCAUUAUUUUAUUCUGUUGCAACUGGUCAUGUACACGUAACUGAAUGCUUAAUUAAAGCAGGAACAAAUGUUAUGCAUACGGAUUUUAAAGGUCGUACUGUAUGUCAUUGUUUAGCUAGAUUAAAUUCAUUGUCUAAUGGAAUUAAAUUUGACAAUCUUAUUAAAACCCAAUUGACUUGUUUAAUUAAAGCUGGUCUAAAUCCAUGGCUUGCAAAUAAAACUGGUUUAACUGCUUUACAUGAAGCAUGUUUAUUAAAAAAUGUAUCUCUUAUUAAACAGUUAGCUAAUUUACCAGGUUUUAACACAAUUAUAAAUGCCAAAGAAGCUCAAGGUCAUACGCCAUUGCACUUAGUUGUAGCAGCUUCAUGGAGUACUGAGCCAUCCGGUAUAAGAUUAUGUCACUAUCUCUUAGAACAUGAAGCUGAUGUAAAUGCUGUUACCCAUCUGCCAAAUAAUGAACAUGUUACGCCAUUAAAUCUUGCUUAUUUAAAUGAGACUAAUGAUGAGACGGCGAAAAAUUUACUAAUUAAUCUGAUAAAACAAUAUGGUGGUCGAACAUAUCAAGAACUAUUAAAUGAAGGAAAAGUUAUUAUUGAUACGGUUCAUAUGAGUUGUGAAACUAAUGAUACCAAUAAAGAUAUUAACACUAGCGGUAAGCAUGAUGAUAUUCAUCAAAAUAAUCUGUCAAAAUCUGGUGUUAUCGAUUCGGAAAAUGAACUAAAGCCGGAAAAUCAGAUAGAAAUUUCAAGUUUCACAGAAGUAGUAGAAACAACAGGGAAAGAAAGACCACAAAUGAUUGAUUCAGCCACUGAACCUAUAAGGGAAGUCAUUGUAUCGACAACUUUAAAGGAUUCAAGUGCACAAGCAUGUCUGGAUAAAAGGCAAAGACGUAAAAAUCUGUCAACACAAUCGUUAACAUCACUGUUGUCGGAAAAAUCAUUGCCUGAAGAUAUUGGCGCACUUAGAGUUACCACAGACGAAAGCUGUUCAUCUACCGCUUUAAACAAUAAAAGUGGCAGAAGCUAUUCCAAUAAUCAGGAUAUUAAACAAAAUACAAAUACUUCAACCCAGCUCAUAGUCCGAGUGCCAACUCCAUCAGAUUUAAAAUUACAAAAUGACAAGUCUAAUGUAAGUAACGAUGAAGGUGAUGAAAAGAAAAAUUUCGCAAUCCCUUCAGACUCAACAAAUAAGAAUCAAAUUAAUGUAAGAAACAACAAUCGUCAACACUUCCCACAAUCAUCUGGAAUGGAUGAUAAAACUGUAACCAAUUCAAAACAUUUACCAUAUUCACAAAUCUUUUUAGAAAAAGAACUACCUUUAGCAUUAAAACAAUAUUUGGAAAAAGAAAAUUACAAUUACUCACCCUUAACAGGACGUACUCGUAUGCCUAGACCAACUAUAUCACCCUAUCUACAACCUGUUGUACCCGGUCUACCGUUUUAUAAAGAAAAGUCUUCAUUGCCUAAAAAGAACAUUCAAAACAAACGUACUCCCAUAAAACAAGCUCAAUUGGCUAGUGUAUUUAACAAUAAUCGAGACUGUUCAAAUAAUCAACAAACUAAAUCUGUCCCUAAAACAAAUACUAAAAUAAUUCAUCACAAACGAUUUAGUUCAUCAGCAUCCAGAUCUAAUUAUUCCACAAUGGAUGAUAUUUCUACUCCUGAAAAUCAUCAUACUGAUGCAACAAUACACAAAAAUACAAAACCUUCCCAGAUGCGUUCACAAUCGUCUAAAAAUCUAUAUUCAUCGUCGAAUAUUAAUCAUGAAGUGCAACAAAGUGUGGCAGAUUAUGAAUUUUAUCGAUUCCUAAACCAGUUAUUAAAACAAACCAGUCCUAUAACACAGAGAAAAAAGAAAAGAGCAACCAAAACCACAACUACAACUGUAACGCCGAAAAUGAGUUCCAAGAACAAACAAUCAACUGGUGCAUACGGUGAUCGACAUUCUGCUAUGGGAGGUGAACUAACGCCUAUUGAUAAUCAUGGCGCUGAACCAGAUAUGGACAGUGAAACUGCAAAUUUGAACAGAAAAAAGUCAGCUAGCAAACAGUUGCACAUAUAA